AUGGAUGGAUCAAACGCGGGAGGAGAUGGCAGUGGGGUAGGAGGUAGAAAUCAAGUCAGUUCCGAUGGCGGUACCGGUUUCGGAAUUGCGAGACACAGAAGACUGGAAGCCAUUACUCAACCGCAGGGUUUAAUCAGGCCGGAUACUCCACCGCCGACCAGAUCUCUUUUAUUAGAUUUUGCGGCUGCCGAACAAGAAUCUAACGAAGAACAACCUCUAACGAGAUCACCUCCGGGCUAUUCGUCAUCGGAGGAUGUCAAAUCUAAACUUUCCGGGCCGAAGAAACUCGUCGAGAAUCUCGAUGUUGAAUUGCCGAGUGAGUUCGAAUGUUGCUUUUGCACUACGAAGGUAGUAUACUGA